AUGCCAUCGAUUGAAUAUCUUGUAAGCUGGACUGAUUCCAAAAAGUUUGUGGCGUCCGCGAUUAAUGAUAUUCGCCAUGACGAAGAUUUCGUCGACGUCACGCUCAGCUGCGAGGGCCAUCGAAUUGGUGCACAUAAGAUUCUGCUAGCCGCUUGCAGCACGUAUUUUAGAGCAGUAUUCAAGGAGAACCCGGUUCAACAUCCGGUGAUCAUCUUCCAGAACGUACAGUACAGCGAUCUGAAGGCAAUAGUGGAGUUCGUUUAUCACGGCGAGACAAAAAUCGCCUCGGAUCAGAUACACUCGUUUCUAUCCACGGCCGAAAUGUUAUCUAUUUUGGGGCUAACGGUUUCAGGGCAGAAACCGCAGCAGACGGAUGCGCAUAAAUCCAUCACCCAGCAAUUGCUACAGUCACAGGAGGAGAAGACAGCGACCAAAACCCGUAAUUCGAAGUCUUCCAAUAUGGCACCAACUUCAGUUACUGUACAUGAAUUACUUCAGUCCCAGAUACCAACUAGCUCGAAAACAAUAAAUGUGCAAAAAAUGCCGCAUGUUUUGCAAGCACAACAGCAAGUAAAUGUUAAUGUUGCUCCCGAUACGCAGCAAGUACAUAAACAGCAAGAGGACGUAGAACAGCAACAGCAAAAGAAGCAACUAGAAGAACUUCAGCAGCUCAUGGCUAUGCAAGUGGAAAUCAUUAAUGAUCCAGCUACGCCGGAUACACAACAACAAGCUGACCAAACUGAAUUGGCAACUUUCCAGCUCGAUCUUAUGGACCUCGAUCAACUCGAUGUUAUCGACGAUGAUGCUAUGAACAAUGGAAGCACAAAUAAUAACUCACUCAUCCAAGAACUGGAGAGUUAA